UGAGGAGAGAGGAGCUGUCGCCCUGCUGAUGCCUGGACGUCUGGGAUGCAGUAACAAGCGUUUGUUUUCCAACGGGACAUUAUAUGUUUAUUUCUAGGGGGAAAAAAACAGCACAUUGAGGAUUUGGCAUACCCAUCAAUCGAAUGCAAGCAGAGCCAGGCCCAAGUUAACAAUGGGCCCCGUACAUCUGUGUGUCCUGCUCCCAGUGGCGGUGUUGGCUGUGGUGGCUGUCGCUGCUGAGCUGCCUGCAACAAUCGAUGAUGAGUACACUUGGCCACAGUGGAAUUUGCCUCUGGUAAGGAAAAGGCGCACUCUGCCUCUGAGCAGCCCUGACUUCUCCGCACAUGCUCAAUCGAAGGUGAGCGGAACUUGCGGGAUUGAGUGUCAGCGUCGCCUCCCCUUACCUUCCGUGGAUGACCUGGAGCAGUUCCUAUCCUACGAGACGGUUUAUGAGAAUGGUACACGCACUUAUACCUCGGUGUCUGUGCAAGGUCUCAAUGAGGUGACAGCUUGGUCCAGAAACAGCUCCUCCAGUUCCCGUUAUAAACGAGAGGUGUACGGCACAGACAGCCGCUUCACUAUCUCUGAUAAGCAGUUCUCCACUAAGUAUCCAUUCUCGACUUCUGUCAAGAUCUCCACUGGAUGUUCUGGAGUUCUGGUGUCACCCAAACAUGUGCUGACUGCCGCCCACUGCAUUCAUGAUGGAAAGGAUUAUUUGGAUGGUGUUCAGAAGCUUCGUGUUGGCAUUCUUAAGGAGAAAUCUAGAAGAGGGAAAGGAGGCAAAGGAAAAGGUGGGCGAGGGAAAGGUAAACGGAGAAAGGGAGAUGAUGUUAAAGAAGUAACGGGAGCGGAAGAGAAAGGGAGCCGUAAAGGAAAAGCAAAGGGUAGAAAGAGCAGGAGUCGCCGAAGUGUUGAAUUGGAGAAACCUUCAUUUCGGUGGACCAGAGUCAAGAAAACCCAAGUACCAAAGGGUUGGUUCAAAGGUGUCUCUGAUGGACUGACUGCAGAUUACAACUAUGCGGUUCUGGAGCUGAAGAGAGCCCCCAAAGUCAAACACAUGGACCUGGGUGUCAUCCCCUCAGUCAAGAAGCUCCCCGCUGGAAGAAUCCACUUCUCCGGCUUUGAUGACGACCGGCCGGGAAAUCUGGUGUACCGAUUCUGCUCUGUCUCUGAGGAGUCCAAUGAUUUGUUGUACCAGUAUUGCGACGCCAAACCGGGCUCCAGUGGCUCUGGGGUCUACAUCCGCCUGAAAGAACCAGGCAAAAAGAAGUGGAAGAGGAAGAUCAUUGGGGUAUUUUCCGGCCACCAGUGGGUGGAUGUUAAUGGGAAUGGUCUGCAGCAGGAUUACAAUGUUGCAGUGAGGAUAACGCCUCUCAAGUAUGCCCAAAUUUGCUACUGGGUUCACGGGGACUCGAGUGAGUGCCAGAUGGCCUAAGGCAACACAGAAACCCUCUUAACCACCAUCCUUAUGACACCCCGCAGACCCAGCUCUUACCAUCACCUCUGCCCCUUCCUGUGCCUCCUGCUACAAUCAUCUACAAACACGCAAUCCACAGCCGUACACACUCAGUGUUGACAACAACAGGAACUGCGUAACACACAAAGAGAACUGUGGCUUUUCUAAUUUAUUUGCUAAAAACUGAGAAAAAAAUAUGUAUUUGAAUUGUUUACAGAUCAUUACGAUCUGCAGUUUUGCUUUCUAUCUUUGUCAAUGUUUCAUUUUCUUGAAUAUAUUUCUGAAAAGCGUUGGUAAGAAAAGCUUGCCUUUUACUCUAACUAGUCUUUGUACAAAGACUUGCCAAUCCCUCCGUCUUUGUCAAGAUGCAGAUCGGCUUUGAUAAAAGACAAAGGACCAAAAUUAAUGUAAAGUUAAAUCCACAAACUGAAGUAUUUAGAAACAAUUCAUAUUUUAACAUGCUAUGUUCUGUAUUGUGUACGUCUAAAUUUAGUUUUUUAAAUGUCUAGCCUUUUUAAAAAUCUUUUUUUCUGCCGUAGUUCAGAUGGUUCUAAUGGACCCUGUAUUGAAAUUGUCUUGCCAGCAUUUCUUUGUCCUUGCAAAGCAGUCUUUUUAUUGUUGUGCACAUAAUUCUAUUGGUGCUUAUACAGAUGACAUGGUGCUAAUUUAUGGAACUGGGGAUACUGUUUAGAAUAUAUUUUGACAGCCUACUACUGUAACUAUACAACUGAUGUGAGGCUACAUGUCUGGUAUGUUAAGGUGGGACUGAACUUUUCAAUAAUUUACUUGAUAAUUUAAUUGAUGUAUCUUGUUCCUUGGGUUUGAUUGGACCACAACGCAACAACAUUGUUAUAUAACACAAAUUGUAAUAUGGAUGUUAUGUUUAAAUGAUUUUUUUUAAUGUUUCAAAUGUUCCAAAAAGUGAUUUUGUAAAAUCCAAAUAAAUACCAAAUGCUA